GGGAAGGAGGCGCCGCGGGGGGAGGAGGACGGGAAGAGCAAGGUCACUGCUUUAGGGUUCGGGCUGAGAAAGUAGGACCUUCAUAAGCCCCCCCCACCUCAUUUCCUCAUCCUCGAGUACUCCUCUAAACCCCACCCCAGGGACGCCCAGAAAACUUUCCCCAAGAACUCUCCGGUCAACACACAUAAGUAUCUCCCCGACCUUCUCCGUUCCCCCCCUCCCCGCCUUAGUGCCUCCCACGCAGUUAGCCUCCACCCCAGCUCCUGAGCGUUCUUCCUCUCCCUGCCUGUAGACCCCCGAGGUUUUCCCCAACUUCUCCAGGUCAGACAACCUCUCCUCCUCUCCCUUCCCCCCGAGCCAGCACACCAGCACUGACUAAUUCCCACGGAGGCCCCUCCCCUUCGCUGGGCCCCCUCCCUCACAGCGUCAAAAGUCCCACCGAAGCCCGUCGUCCUUCUCCAACCGACUGUUAGUUUCUCCCUCUGGUGGGAAAGGGAAGUUUGUGAAAAGGGAGCGAAUAGCUGGGCUAGCCGUCGGCUAGGAACAAGGCACCUCAUAGAGAAGGGGCCAGCUGGGCCACCCACAGCAGGCAGGCAAGGAGCCACCCGGAGAUGAUGCACGGCAGGCAUUCCCGUGGCCGUGCCCGGUACAGUCCGUGCCCCCAGACAGCCGGCCGUCAAUCCUCCCAAUGCCCUGCGAUAGCCGGCCGUCAGAGCUAACAAUGGAGUUGUACGCCAAGUCCCAAGUGCGGGCAGACGAAGGCCGGCCUUCCCUGGCCGCCCCGGCCCAUCCGCACCGAUGGCCUUGCUUUCGGGCCUAGCUCAAUGGCUCGGGCCGCAGGUCCACGGCGUGGAGCUGAGCCUUUCACCCCGCCCCCAAUUCUUACCAUUCACAAGCAGCUCUCCCACACAGCAGGCUUCCUCUCCAUUCACUGCUCCUUCCCAUUCCUCUGCAUAAUUCCACUUGACUAUUCACACUUUCCCUCUCCUCCCUUCAUUCUCAUUUCCCACCCUCAUCACUGAGAUGGCACCGCCUUGGAACUCUCCGGGGCACUGCCUUCGCCCCGAGUCCUUUCCUUGGGACCCUCCGGGUCUUUCCUGCUCCUUCUCCGGGGGCUGGACCACACCUCCGUCCGUAUAGGCGCAUAGGCACAAACUGCUUCAUACUUAAUGCAGGUAGAAAAGAACCUUGUUAAUUUCUUCUCUGCCACUCAUUUUCCUGGGCCAUGGACUUGCCCACCUUUUUCCAUGUGGGCCUUAGUUUCCCCUCUGAAGCCCAGACCCAUUGACCUCUUUACUCAAGGCCAAGGAAAGAGAAGGGAAAGGAAUGAGAGCUUCAGAGGAGGGAAUAGGGGAGAGAAGAUCUCUGAGGAAAAGGACAGAAGAGAGCAGCAGAAGGUGACACCAGCAGGAAGGGGCAGGGGCUGUCUGCCCACUCUUCCUUUUGCUGCCAGCCGAGGGAAUCACACAAAGGUGGUAGAUGGAGGGGGAUGAGGGCUGUGUUGGGAAUCAGAUGUUCUGUUUGAAUCUAGCUUUGCAGUCCCUAGGGAAAUCAUGUGGUCUCUUUGGGUCUCAGUUUCUUCCUCUGUAAAAUGAGGGGGUGGGGACUAGGUAAUCUUUUCCAUCCUUUUUCCUGUUCUUCAUGAAUUAGGAACAGCCACAGCCUUUUAAAAGGGCCUUCCUCGGGCACCUUAGGUCACUUGGUUAUGCUCAACACUUGUCUGGGAGUCCCCAAAUAAGGUCCUUUCCAGAUUUUUAACGGGUGCAAAGGAAUCCUCCAGCCCACUGUAAAUGUUUUAUGUUGGAGGCCUCUCUUGAUGUCCCAUUCGGAUGGGGAGCUCUAUCCUAUAGGUCCCUGAUGGUGCAGAGGCCCCAACCAGGGCUUUCCUCCCCAUCCCUGACCUCCAUGGCAUGUCGGGGCCUCCAAGCUCCCCCCAGACACACUGGGUGAGGUCAGGCUGAGGGCUGCAGGCCAGGGACUGUGGGGGCUGCUGGCCCAAGGCUUGUGUACACGUGUGUGCCUGCGUGUGCAGCCGUGUGGGGUGGCCGUGCGCUUGCGUGGGCUGUGUGGAUGUGCGGAUGUGCUCGGGGCCCUCCGUUCCCAGGGCCCAGGGAUCUGGAUGAAAUUAGGGGCCUGGCUGGGUGGGGGCCAGGGUGGAGGUUGAGGGAGGGGGUGCUCCAGCAGGAAACCUGAGCUGGCUCAUUAGCUCCUCACGUGCUCCGCUGGAUUUAUAAACACAGGGAGGAGACGGGAUGUAAACAAUCAGGCAGUGGCAGCCAGAGGCAGGGCUGGGGAGGGGAACCAGAACUGGGGGAGGGGGGGGCCACAGUACCCCACAUAGAUGGCCAAGGCCCCCCUACCCCAGAGAGCAGGGGCUUUUCCCUCCCACCCACCCUCUUCUCGGAGAAGCAUACUUGGGGUGCUUUGCAGAGGGCCUCAGGGCCAACUCUAGGUGCCAUCACACCCGUAGUGGGAAGACCUGGGGCGAGCUGCAGGAAGGUUCUGUUCUCAGAAGCAAGGCUUCCUGGCUUUCUAGCCCUCAACUGGACACCACAGGUGUUCUCAGCCCCUCCCAACAUCCAUCUUCCUGCCUUUGCGAUGGAGAGAGGAGGUCAUGUUUAGACCCCAUCCCCAGAACUGGGGGAGGUGGGAGAGGGCCAAGUCUCCCUUCCAGUUCCUGCUCCUCUCCCACUAGAUUCCCAAGCUUCCUGCCCUCUCCCUGAUUUUCUCCAUCAUAUCCCCUGCUCCCCCCCUCCCCGCCAGCAGUGACACAGUUACCUCAGAACUGAAAUAUUCCUGGAAACACCGGCCUCGUCUGGUUAAUUUCAUGAGCCGUUUUCUGCCCAGAUGAGGGUUCUUGUUUAUUCAAAGGCAUCUUCCCUGGUGGGGGGGUAGGGAGGGCGGUUCCCUGAAGGAUGCCCCGAAGGGCCCCUAAGUAGCAUGGAGAGCAGGGCUCUGAGCAUGAGUGUGACCUGAGGGCUAAGUCACCCCUUUAGGACAGCAAGCCCAGCUCCAGAGGGGGCUAACAGGGAAGGGUGAAGGCUGUUCUUUACAGCUUUCAAAUAAGGAAAUGCUGGACAUCUGGGCCAAUCCUCUUACUUUACAAAUAAAGAAACUGAGACCUGAGAAGUGACGGGACUUAACCAAGCCCACAACACCAUUGCAGGCCCAGCCUUCUGACCCCAAGCCCAGUGUUCUUGUGCUGUUUCCUAACAGAAGGAAACUAUGUGUUCUAAGCAAUUGGAGCAGCCUGCCUCAGGAAGCAGUAGGGAGGUCCAUCUGAGCAGGUUGAAAUGCCUCUUGGGGAUACUAUGGAGGGAUGGGCCCCAAGGUCCAGCUGUGGAAUUUAGCAGAGGGGAGAGAAGGUGCUGUGCAAGGCAGCUGCUAGAACCGGGGGCAGCAGAAGCUGCAGGAGGCAAAGGGAAAUCUAAGGAAAUGGGAGCAGGUCCCGCGCUCCAGUCUGCGUAAUCGGGGUCACUCCCCCGGAGGCCCGCCUGUAGAUAAGGUCCAGAGAUUAUCAGCAGGGCCUCCGCCCCACAGUGCCCCCAAGACAGCUACAACAUGACCCCUUCUCUGAAGAUGAAGGCAGGCACCCAAACUGGUGCAGAAGCCCCAGGCAGCCCACCUCCCCCACUACCGUGAUCACAGCCAAGAGCUUGGCCCCUCCCUCGCUGUGGCGACAAAGCCUGGGUAGAAGUGACUCCGUCUCCACACGCCAACAGCCUCCCACAGGCACGGCAGGGGACUCGUGGGGGAUGCUGGCUUGUCUGUGCACCGUGCUCUGGCACCUUCCUGCUGUUCCAGCCCUCAACAGAACAGGGGAUCCAGGGCCCGGCCCCUCCAUCCAGAAAACCUAUGACCUCACUCGGUACCUAGAACACCAGCUUCGCAGCCUGGCUGGGACCUAUCUGAACUACCUGGGCCCCCCUUUCAACGAGCCUGACUUCAACCCGCCCAGGCUGAGCGCUGAGGCCCUGCCCAGCGCCACAGUGGACUUUAACGUGUGGCGAAGCCUCAACGAUCAUCUGCGGCUGGCUCAGAACUACCAGGCCUACAGCCACCUGCUCUGCUAUCUGCGGGGCCUGGACCGCCACGCGGCCACGGCCGAGCUGCGCCGCAGCCUGGCCCACUUCUGCACCAGCCUGCAGGGCCUGCUGGGCAGCAUUGCGGGGGUCAUGGCCGCCCUGGGCUACCCACUGCCCCCGCAAGGGGCUGAGCCUUCCUGGGCCCCCAGGCCUCCCCACAGCGACUUCCUGCAGAAGAUGGAUGACUUUUGGCUGCUGAAGGAGCUGCAGACCUGGCUCUGGCGUUCUGCCAAAGACUUUAACCGGCUCAAGAAGAAGAUGCAGCCCUCAGCUGCCGCGGUCACUCUGCGCCUGGAGGCCGCUGCUUCUGACCUCUGACCUCCCUUCUCUGCCUGCCUCCGCAAUGAGCUUCCCGCCCUCCGCCCUCCGAGGGAGGAUCCCCCAGGGGCUUCUCACAGGGAGCAGCGCAAUAAAGCCCAGGGCCAGGCAGGAGAGUGGACAGCCCUCGGGCCCGGGCUCCCCACCUUCCCAACCUGGCCGCCAGGAAGCAGCAGUCGGAGGAGGAAAGGUGAGGCUCCCUGCAGGAAGUGCCUUGCGGGGGCGAAGCCUCCUGGCUAGCCCUGCUCUCCCAUCUCCUCACCUUAAGCCACCUCACACUUCCAACCGGGGGAGGGGCAUGUGGUGACCCAGGGACCAAAGCAGGAAGAGGCAGGAAUUCAACAAGGGAAUUGGUGGGACAAGGCAGGGCCCUGGGGGAUACCCUCUCACCAAAAGCCACAGUGAUGCCAAACAUGUUGAGUGUCAAUAACUUUGCCUCACGUUUCUCCUUCACGUCACGGUGGCUCCCCCCUCCCAGGGCACCCUGCCCAGCCCCAGUGGGACAGCCACAGCCACAGAAUUUCCUAAAAGUUUACAUUGUUGAGGACGGUAGCAUUUUGGGGAUGAGGAGAGGGUGGCCCCCUCAGGGCCUGCCGCCCUCCCCAGCCCCAUCCACUCACGACUCUCAGUUUGUUUGUAUUAAUAUUUAUUUAUUUGGAAACGUUAUUUAUUAGAUGGUAUUUAUUGCAGAAUUUCUAUUCUUGUAUUAACAAAUAAAAUGCUUUCC